GGGGAUAGAGGUGAUUCUAGGAUGGACCCCUGAAAGCUCAGGCCUGCGAGGAAAUGAGACUAGCUGUUCUUGGAUCGCCUAGCACGUGGCCCGAAAGCGUGUUUCGAUUCCUUGACGGGUUGGGGCCAAGGCUUGGUUGCUUUUUGCUCGCCCGGUGCCUGAAUUCUAUUAUGCAUAAUGCCAUGAUUAAAUCUUAAGCCAUCUCACCCUUGCCUGCGGUUGGCACCUUGCAACGUGCCCUAACGUCGCUUUCGGAUUUGUUCCGGGAAUUGCUGCCAAGUUGCAGCAACGCUUGACAAUUACAGCCACAAUGGGUGGUGAGAUGAACCAAAGGUGCUCCUCUACACCAUGAUGAUUUAUAUCGUCGUGACUGUCUCAGGUCGCUGCCGGCGAUCUUCCCUGGGGAGUUGCGAUGCCUCCAUAGUACCAUGGAACAGCCGAAGCUAUGGCGCCAUUUUUCGUCGAUGCUGUUCGGGAAGGCUGGUAUACGUUCACCCCCCGUGAGAGACGCAAUGUGGCCUUCUACAUCUUGGGGAUUAUGCUCUAUAAGUUCGGUCUAGAGGCCUUCAACGGCUCUAUCGUGGCCCUGGCGACGAAUCGCUAUGACUAUGAUGCGAUGCGGACCAAGACGCCCGCGAAGACUUUUCAAAGAGUUGGGCUCAUGGUGGGCCUCAACCAAGCUUGCCAGUGUAUCGGAUCCAUUUUGAUCGCCCCGCUCAUUCGGAGAUUCCCCUCUCGGGUUGUGCUCUCUAGCGCAGUAUUAGUCUUCGCCCUCUUCAGUGCCCUUCUUCUCAUCAUCGACGCUAGCACCGGGGGUACAUUUGUACCGGCAAGCUUUCGCGAUCACCACCCCGACCAUGAUUUUCAUUACUACGGCCGGUACAAUACCGAUGGCAUGAUCCCAGUCUACUGCGUCGCGGGAAUUGCCUAUGGCAUGGUGGAACUGAUGCGCCGUGUCAUUCCGCGCGAUAUUGUCGGGGGAAAUGUUAAAAAACUACGUCACCUGGACGCCUUAGUGCAUAUAUUCUAUGAGGUCUCCGGCACCAGUGGCGCGUUCUGCACGGCAUUAGCCUUGAUACCUUUCUUUGGAAACAACUAUUCUUUUUUGAUCACCCCGAUCUGUUUUGCAUUCGCCGCUAUCGCCUGGUUCUUCCUCACCGACGAAACCUUCCGCAGUCACGAUCCGCCGGUAUUAGAACACCAGCCUCCGCCAUACAUUAAAGCGGUCACGGUUGGGUUCUGGCUCUUUGUUGAGUCCAUCUGGACUGGUGCUCGGAUCAUCUUCACGUCGCGCAAGUUUAUCUGGCUGGUUCCCGGGUAUUCCGUUGCGUUGUAUGCUCACCGCUACCUGGAAAAUGCCGUGGCACCCGCAAUUGCCCGUCGGUACCUGGGGAAUGCCGCUUGGUCACAGAUUAUCGUGGGUGGAUCGAAUUUAGGGGAGCUUCUAGGCGCACUGUUCGUUAUCCUAUUCACGAAUUUGGUGACAACACCGGUACCCUGGCUCCGGUUAGAUGCCGUCAUGCUCCUCAUAACAUGGUACCUACCAUUCUGGCGACCGUCGAUGCAGGUCAGCGCUGCCUGGAUGGCAGCCGCUACCUUUAUUCCCAUCUCGUUUGGGUGGGCGGCUGGCGACGUCUCGUUGGCGGCGUACAUCCAAGCCACGCUGGCACGAGUCGAAUCGAAGACGCAAAAUGUCUCUGCGCUGGGGGCGGUAAUGGCUUUCUUGUACUCGACCUACAUUAUCCUUUACGCCAUCACCUCGCCGAUCCUUGGAAGCUAUAUUGACCAGGUAUACAGCGACACUGGAGGAUCUGAGAAUGGGGGCAAUAUAUAUGCAGCCAUCCAAAAUAUCGCAUCGGUGCAAUUUACGAUAAUAUCAGGACUGGUGCUGGUAUCCACUUUCGUGCCGCGAGGAUCACUGGCGUUCAAUCCGAAGAUGCUCUAUAAUGAGAACUUGGACGGAGAAGCGGGUUUGGAACGUGUAUCCUCAGAUGACUUGAAAAAGUAAUUACAACCUUGACUUGCUGGCGAACUGCUGGAUCUAUAUGAUCCUCCCUGGGGUGUAUCUUUGAUCGGACGGCGUUAGGUGCUAUUCGGGGUACUCCUACUUAAUAGGUAU